CUCAUGUUUUUGUUUGAAGUGUUAUAGCCUAAGAUACCCCUCAUUUUGUAACGUUCGGUAUUCUUCGUUUCGAAUCCGAGCUCGUCGUCCGGUGGUGCACUAUUUUUGGUUUCGAUUUUCCAAUACUUUACCCGCAACAUUGUACUACUAUUAUUAUAAAUAGUACUACUACUACUACUAUUAUAAAUAGUACUACGAUUACGAUCUACAUAGUCUUUGAUAGUUAACCUCGGUAAGUAUGAAUCGUUAACAAUAAGGUUAUGAACAAAGUACCGUUAUUCGAACUCACGUGUUUUUAUUGUUUUGUGAGCCGAAAUUUGAUAAACGCACGCUCGAGAAAAAACACAGGAAAAAAAUAAUUAUAUCUACUCCCGGAAUUCCAACAGAGCAAUUUCACACCGCGCUUGACGAUUUCUUUUAUUUCAACUUUUUUGAAAGUAAUUUUCACACGUUUUUAGUCUUUUAAAAAGCAUACGAUGUCCUGCAAACCCUGCGUACUCGUUCUAGAAGACGGUACCGAAUUUGCUGGUUAUAAUUUUGGCUCCAAUGUGCUACCUGUUGAUGGUGAAGUCGUAUUUCAAACUGGAAUCGUUGGAUAUCCCGAGUCACUGACUGAUCCUUCGUACUAUAAACAACUGUUGGUGUUAACAUAUCCGCUGGUAGGCAACUAUGGAGUUCCUAGCUAUGAAACAGAUGAUUAUGGGAUUAAACGGUGGUUUGAGUCUAAUCGUAUUUGGGUAUCUGCUUUAAUUGUAGAUGAAGUUUGUGAUCGUCCAAGUCAUUGGCGUAGUCAAAAAUUAUUAGAUGAAUGGUUAACUGAAUGUGGCAUUCCAGCUAUUUGUGGUGUAGAUACACGUACAUUAACUAAACAUAUUAGAGAAAAAGGAACACUUCUUGGAAAAAUUGUUACCCUUACUGAAAAUAUUGAUAAAAGUUUUAAAAAUGUAGUCGACCCAAAUAAAAUUAAUUUAAUCAAAGAUGUUUCAAUUUCAAUGCCAAAAACAUACAAUGAGCAAGGUUUUCCCAGAAUUAGAUUUGUUGAUUGUGGUUUAAAAUAUAAUCAAAUUAGAUGUUUUCUUAAACGUGGUGCUCGAGUUGAUAUUGUACCAUGGAAUUCUCCAUUAGAUGAUAUUGCUAACUAUGAUGGUCUAUUUCUAAGUAAUGGUCCAGGAAAUCCUGAUAUGAAUAAAGAAACCAUUUUAAAUAUACAGAAAGUAUUAAAAAAUACAGAUACUAUAAAACCAAUAUUUGGAAUUUGUCUUGGCCAUCAAUUACUUGCAACAGCAGCUGGUUGUAAGACUUAUAAAAUGAAAUUUGGAAACAGAGGUCAAAAUCAGCCUUGUGAAUUUGGAGAGACUGGAAAAUGUUAUAUGACCUCACAAAACCAUGGAUUCGCUGUAGAUCCUAAUGUUUCAGAUUGGACCGCAUUAUUUACAAACAUUAAUGAUAAAUCAAAUGAAGGAAUUAUGCAUAAUACAUUACCAUAUUUCAGUGUUCAAUUUCAUCCAGAAGGAUGUCCUGGUCCUGAAGAUUUAGAAUGUCUAUUUGAUGUGUUCUUGGAAUGUGUUACUAGAACUAGAAAUAAUAAUAGUUAUCAAUUAAUGGAUGUUCUUCAACAUUAUUUAAAUCCAGAGAUUCAUAAAACAAUAAUAGAUGUUCAAAAAGUUUUAAUCCUUGGUUCUGGUGGAUUAUCUAUUGGUCAAGCUGGUGAAUUUGAUUAUUCUGGAUCUCAAGCAAUAAAGGCUUUGCGUGAAGAAAAUAUUGUUACCAUUUUAAUUAACCCAAACAUAGCAACAGUACAAACAUCUCUUGGAUUAGCAAAUAAAGUAUAUUUUUUACCUUUGGAACUUGAUUUUGUUACUCAAGUAAUUCAAUCUGAACGGCCAGAUGGUAUAUUGCUUACAUUUGGUGGACAGACUGCUCUCAACUGUGGAAUAGAAUUAAAGAAAUCUGGAAUUUUAGAAAAAUAUAAUGUAAAAGUAUUAGGAACACCAAUCCAAACAAUUAUAGCUACGGAGGAUCGCAAACAGUUCUCUGAUAAAGUUGUAGAAAUAGGGGAGCGUGUUGCUCCUAGUGCUGUUGUUACAUCUUAUGUUGAAGCUUUAAAAGCAGUUGAAAUUUUGGGAUAUCCACUGCUUGUGAGAAGUGCCUUCAGUUUAGGUGGUCUGGGUUCAGGUUUUGCAAAUAAUGAAUCAGAACUCCAAACAUUAGCCAAACAAUGUUUUAACCAUAGUAAUCAAAUGAUUUUGGAUAAAUCAUUAAAAGGAUGGAAAGAAGUUGAGUAUGAAGUAGUACGUGAUGCAUAUGACAAUUGUAUUACAGUUUGUAAUAUGGAGAAUGUUGAUCCAUUGGGAAUUCAUACAGGUGAAUCAAUUGUUGUAGCUCCAAGUCAAACCCUAUCAAAUGCUGAGUAUAAUAGAUUAAGAACAACAGCAAUUAAAGUUGUACGUCAUCUUGGAGUUGUUGGUGAAUGUAAUAUACAAUACGCAUUGAGUACAUCAUCGGAUGAAUUUUACAUUAUUGAAGUGAAUGCACGGCUUUCCCGGAGUUCAGCUUUAGCUAGUAAAGCUACUGGAUACCCAUUGGCUUAUGUAGCAGCCAAACUUUCACUUGGUAUUGCUUUACCUGAUAUAAUUAAUUCUGUUACAUCAAGUACUACUGCGUGUUUUGAACCUAGUUUGGAUUAUUGUGUCGUAAAAAUGCCACGUUGGGAUCUUAGUAAAUUUUUCCGCGCUAGUACAAAGAUUGGUAGUUCCAUGAAAAGUGUUGGAGAAGUGAUGUCAGUUGGAAGGCAUUUCGAAGAAGCAUUCCAAAAAGCGUUUCGCAUGGUGGAUGAAAACUUUAAUGGCUUUGAUCCGUUGUUGAAAGCUGUUAAUGAUAAUGAAUUAGAACAACCUACUGAUAAACGAAUAUUUGUUUUAGCAGCUGCUUUAAGACAGAAUUAUUCAAUAGAUAGACUUUAUGAACUAACAAAAAUAGAUCGUUGGUUUUUAUCUAAAAUGCAAAAUAUUAUACAACAUCAAACUAAAUUAGAAUCGUACAAUUAUCCAUCAGUCCCUUAUGCCGAUUUGUUGAAGGCGAAACGUUUAGGUUUUUCUGACAAACAAAUUGCAUCUUUUGUCCAAAGUACUGAAUUAGUUAUUCGCAAACGACGUGAAGAACAAGGAAUUACUCCUUUUGUGAAACAAAUAGAUACUGUUUCAGCUGAAUAUCCUGCAGAAACAAAUUAUUUGUAUUUGACUUAUAAUGCCAUUAGCAGUGACUUAAACUUUCCUUCAAACUUCAUUAUGGUUAUUGGUUCGGGCGUGUAUCGUAUUGGGAGUUCAGUUGAAUUUGAUUGGUGUGCCGUUGGAUGUCUUAGAGAACUGCGAAGACUUAAUAAAAAAACAAUCAUGGUAAACUGUAAUCCAGAAACAGUUAGCACAGACUAUGAUAUGUGUGAUCGUUUAUACUUUGAAGAAAUCUCUUUUGAGGUUGUAAUGGAUAUUUAUAACCUGGAAGACCCUGAAGGCGUAGUUUUAUGUAUGGGAGGACAAUUACCAAAUAACAUUGCCAUGGAUUUGCAUAGACAGAAUGCUCGUAUUUUAGGAACUUCGCCAGAAGAUGUAGAUGGAGCAGAAAAUAGAUUUAAAUUCUCAAGAAUGUUAGAUAGAAUCAAGAUAUCCCAACCAAGGUGGAAAGAACUUAUAGACCUAAAAUCUGCUAUAGAGUUUUGUCGAGAAGUAGGAUAUCCAUGUUUAGUACGGCCAUCUUAUGUCUUGAGUGGUGCAGCUAUGAAUGUAGCUCACAAUGAUGGUGAUUUAGAAGCAUAUUUAAAAUCCGCAAGUGAUCUAUCAAAAGAACACCCUGUGGUCAUAUCAAAAUUCCUUGAAGAUGCCAAAGAAAUUGAUGUAGAUGCUGUAGCUAAAGAUGGAGAAAUUCUUUGCAUGGCUGUUAGUGAACAUGUUGAAAAUGCUGGUGUACACUCAGGUGAUGCAACAUUAGUAACACCACCACAAGACAUAAAUGAAGAAACGCUAGAAAAAAUUAAAUUUAUAUGUCGUUCUAUUGCUUCAUCAUUAAAUGUUAAUGGACCUUUAAACAUGCAACUUAUUGCUAAGAAUAAUGAACUCAAAGUAAUAGAGUGUAAUGUACGAGUAUCCAGAUCAUUUCCUUUUGUCUCUAAAACACUAGGACAUGAUUUUGUGGCAAUGGCUACUCGUGUUAUUAUUGGAGAAGAAGUUGAACCAAUAGAUGUCUUAGGCGGAGUUGAAGGAAGAGUUGGUGUUAAAGUAGCUGUAUUCUCAUUUUCUCGAAUAGCAGGAGCUGAUGUAAUGUUGGGAGUAGAAAUGGCGUCAACUGGUGAAGUAGCUUGUUUUGGAGAAAACCGUUAUGAAGCAUACUUGAAAGCAAUGAUCAGUUCUGGAAUGCAGCUGCCUCAACCUGGAGCUAAGAUAUUUCUAUCUAUUGGAAAGAUCAAACAUAAAGAAGAAUUACUUGACAGUGUCAAAGCAUUGCAGGCAAUGGGCUAUCAGCUAUUUGGUAGCAGUGGAACAGCUGAUUAUUAUAACUACAAUACCAAAGGAAUUACUGUGACCCCCUGUGAUUGGAGGUUUGAUAAUAUUGGCAUAAACACAACAAGAGGUGACUUAAUUGGGUUGGCCGAAUAUUUGAGUAAUAAAAAUUUUGAUUUUGUCAUAAAUGCCCCUAUGAUGGUAAGCGGAGCAAGCCGAGUUGCUUCAUUCCUUACUCCUGGUUAUCGAAUGCGCAGAUUAGCAGUUGAACAUGCUGUUCCUUUGGUUACUGAUGUUAAAUGUGCCAAACUUUUAAUUGAGGCAAUGGUUCGAAAAGGAUGUAAUCCACAAAUGAAAACACAUAUUGACUGUAUCUCCUCUCAGAAAUUAAUUAAAUUACCCGGCUUAAUUGAUAUACAUGUCCAUGUACGUGAACCUGGUGCUACACAAAAAGAAGAUUUUGCGUCUUGUACAGCUGCAGCCCUGGCAGGAGGUGUUACAUUGAUUGGUGCUAUGCCAAAUACUAAACCUUCUAUAGUUGACCAAGAAGCUUACGAAAUAGCUAAAAAUUGUGCUAAAAAUGGAGCUAGAUGUGACUAUGUUUUGUAUGCUGGUGCAUCUAACACUAACAGUGUUGAUAUUGCACAAAAUGCUGGUCAGUUUGCUGGUCUUAAAAUGUAUCUUAAUCAAACAUUUAGUACAUUACAGCUAAAAAAUCUUUCCUCAUGGAUAUCACAUUUUGAGAAUUGGCCAAAACAUGCUCCUCUGUGUAUACAUGCAGAAGAUCAAACUUGUGCUGCAGUAUUAACAUUAGCUUCCCUAUACAAUCGUUCAAUUCAUAUUUGUCAUGUCGCUCGUAAAUCAGAAAUAACUCUCAUUAAAGCUGCUAAGGAAAAGGGUAUAAUGGUUACGUGUGAAGUAGCUCCACAUCAUUUAUUUAUGUGUGAUGAAGACUUAGUGCAUCUUGGUCCCAACAAAUCACAAGUUCGGCCUGUACUAUGUACCAAAGAAGAUCAACAAGCACUUUGGGAUAAUAUGGCUUAUAUUGACUGCAUAGCUACUGAUCACGCUCCUCAUACGUUAGAAGAGAAACUAAGUGAUACAGCACCACCUGGUUUUCCCGGACUUGAAACUGUUUUGCCAUUAUUAUUGAAUGCAGUAAAUGAAAAACGUUUAACCAUUGAAGAUAUUGUUGAAAAAAUGUAUACAAAUCCCAUGCGAAUUCUUGGACUUCCUGCUCAGCCAAAUACAUAUAUUGAAGUAGAUAUGGAUGCUGAAUGGACAAUUCCAUCAUCAACAACAUAUUCUAAAGCCAAGUGGACGCCAUUUGCUGGAAAACAAGUAAAAGGCUCAAUACAUAGAGUUGUUUUACGAGGUCAAGUGGUUUGUAUUGAAGGCAAAGUUCUUGCUGAACCAGGAUUUGGACGGGAUUUACGUGAUCCAUUAUUUGCUGGUAAAGUUCAUACUGUUACCGGAUCUCAAACUUCUUUAAACCUAAUAGCUCCCCAUACAAUUCAGACUGAUGUUCAUGAUUUGUUUAACAAUGUUUUAUCUGAGAUUAAAGAAAAAGUUGUGCAUGAAAUUGAUGGAAUUGUGACUGGUGUAAAGACAGAAUUUAAAAAACCGUAUUUGCUCUCUGGCAGUGACUCAAAGGAUACUUUAAUCACAUCUAACAAACGUCACCAUGUAUCCGAUGAUGUUAUAAAUUUGAUGCACAUUUCUACACAUGGUCUAGCACACCGUCACAUAUUGUCAGUUGAUAUGUUCUCAAAAGAACAACUAAAUGAAAUAUUUAACUUGGCACAAACGCUAAGAGUUUACGUAAUAAAAGGACGACCUCUAGACAAUAUAUUAAAAGGCAUGGUCAUGGCUCUAAUAUUCUAUGAAGUCAGCACUAGAACGAGUUGCAGUUUUUCAGUCGCUAUGCAGAGAUUGGGUGGUCGAGUUGUGCAUGUUGAUGAAACCAGUAGCUCGGUCAAAAAGGGAGAGACACUGCAAGAUACCGUGGAAGUAAUGAGUGGUUAUGUAGAUGUAGUUGUUAUGCGACAUCCAGAGCCAGGUGCUGUAAAGAUGAGUGCCAGACAUUCUCGCAAGCCCAUUGUAAAUGCUGGAGAUGGAACAGGAGAACACCCUACUCAGGCUUUGCUGGAUAUAUUUACAAUCAGAGAAGAAAUUGGUACGGUCAACGGGCUUACCAUUACAUUAGUUGGUGAUUUAAAGAACGGUCGUACAGUACAUUCACUUGCUAGGUUGUUAACUCUUUACAAAGUCAAUCUACGAUUUGUAAAUCCACCAAAUCUUGGUAUGCCUUCAUCUGUUUGUCAAUUUGUUUCUUCUCGAGGUGUUCCACAAGAACACUUUACAUCUCUAGAAGCAGCACUACCCGAAACAGAUGUGUUGUACAUGACACGUAUUCAAAGAGAACGAUUCCCUGACGAGAACAGCUAUAAACAAGCAUGUGGCUUGUUUGUGGUUACACCUGAACUAAUGAACAAAGCCAAACGUAAGAUGAUUGUCAUGCAUCCAUUACCUAGGGUGUUUGAAAUCAGUCCAGAAUUUGAUUCAGAUCCUAGAGCUGCAUACUUUAGACAGGCAGAGUAUGGUAUGUAUGUGAGAAUGGCUUUGUUAGCUAUGGUACUAGGCAAAUGUUAAUUUCUAACCUAAAAUAAUGUAAACCCAAAAUUAAAAAAAAAGUUUUUGUGACAUUUUAUAAAAUCCAUGACCUACUCGUAUAUUU